AGAGAGAGAGAGAGAGAGAGAGAGGCGAUUGCUAUAAUCCAAUUUAUUUGUAUUUGUGGCUCCAUCGACAUCCACGCUCCGAACCAAAUCCUCAAUCCUCAUCAGAGAGAGAGAGAGAGAGAGAGACUCUCUCUCGUUCUCGUCCUACUCCAAAUCCUUCCUAUUCAUCAUGGCCUCGUCCAUGGCCUCCAUCUCCAGAUUCCUCCACAGAGACUGUAGAGUACGAGCUCGCCAUGGCGUGUACCAGCUGGGCCCUUCCUCUCCUCUUCCCAGGAUUCUCUCUCACAUCAAUCGCGCUUUUGGGAGCGGAUUUGCGGUGUCUGCUGGAGAAAGAGAAGGGAGCAUUUCUGUUCCCUGCACUAUGCAUUCGCCGUUUGUUCCUGUUCUGCAGUAUGUUGAUGAUGAUCUACUGUAUUUUUGGAACUUGUUUCGUGUUGGCUUAAAUGGGCCAGCAUUCUGUCCUGUGGCGAGAGACCGGGUUGGGCCGAAUCAUAUUCAAAAUGGCGUGAGGCUGGGUAGGCUGAGUCAUGUUUGAAGUGGCGUGAGGCCGGGUGGGCCAAGUCACAAUUGAUACCCGGUGUACUGUUGUCUGAGCAAUGCUAUAAGAGUAGUACCAUGUCGAGAUACCCCUAACAGCGGAAUCAGAAACACCAAAUUGGAGCUUUUUUCAAAAUAGAAGUUCCACAUUUUUGCCCCAUGAAUCGGCAAGUUUUAUGCAAGGCGGAGGCAAAUGUUUCUGGGAAUGUUCCAGAUAGUGCACCUGCUAAAUUAAGCCAGUAUGAGAAGAUAGUUGAAUUGCUAACGACCCUUUUCCCUGUCUGGGUUAUACUUGGCACAAUCAUCGGAAUAUACAAGCCAUCUGCGGUUACCUGGUUGGAGACGGAUCUUUUCACCGUAGGUUUGGGAUUCCUAAUGCUUUCCAUGGGCCUAACUUUGACUUUCGAGGACUUUAGGAGAUGUAUGAGGAACCCGUGGACAGUAGGAGUGGGAUUUCUUGCACAAUACAUGAUCAAACCCAUGUUAGGUUUUGUUAUUGCAAUGAGCUUGAAGUUAUCAGCUCCUCUUGCAACUGGUCUUAUUUUGGUUUCAUGCUGCCCUGGAGGCCAGGCGUCAAAUGUUGCGACUUAUAUAUCUAAAGGAAAUGUUGCACUAUCAGUUCUUAUGACAACUUGUUCGACAAUUGGUGCUAUAGUAAUGACACCUCUUCUUACAAAGCUCCUCGCUGGUCAGCUUGUCCCUGUAGAUGCAGCGGUAAGAACAUCAAAGUUUCUUCAUGUAAAACUGUAUAAAUGCCUUCACAUGAUGUUGAAGGAAAAUUACUUUUUUUUUCAGGGUUUGGCGAUCAGUACUUUUCAGGUUGUUUUAGUGCCGACUAUUGUUGGAGUAUUGUCGCACGAAUAUUUCCCAAAAUUUACAGAACGAAUAAUUACUCUCACCCCAUUGAUUGGAGUUAUCCUUACUACACUACUUUGUGCUAGCCCGAUUGGACAAGUAUCAGAAGUGUUGAAGGCACAAGGAGCACAGCUUAUUGUUCCUGUAGCUCUCCUGCAUGCUGCUGCUUUUGCUCUUGGUUAUUGGUUGUCCAGAUUCUCAUCCUUUGGUGAAUCCACUUCACGAACAAUCUCCAUCGAGUGUGGUAUGCAGAGCUCUGCACUUGGAUUCCUACUUGCCCAGAAGCACUUCACUAAUCCACUUGUUGCUGUUCCUUCAGCAGUCAGCGUCGUAUGCAUGGCGCUUGGCGGGAGCGCUCUCGCAGUUUUCUGGAGGAACCGGCCUAUCCCGGCGGACGACAAAGAUGAUUUCAAGGAAUGAUGCACAUUGAUUUCGGAAUUCUCAGAGGCUUUAGCUAGUGAGUAGCAUUUUGUAGCAUCCCCCUAAAUUUUGCUUUGGGGAACAUCUAAUCUGUAAGUUGUAGAGUUGUAGAUUUAUUAGGGUUUGUAUUUGGUUCCACAAUAUGGUCCUUGUGAAACAAAUUAGCUCAUACUAGGUGUGUUAGUUUAGUUUUCACAUCUUAGAGCCAAGGAUUGUUGAUGAUUGUGUGGCAUGAUUAGUAAAUUUAGUCGAAUAAAUUUUCUCUGGUGAGUGUUGAAUGAUUUUGCAA